AUGAAGCUCGCCACAACCCUCCCUUUCUUCACCCUCGCCACGGUGUCCCCUAACCUCCCCCAGCCCCAACCCAGACAAGAAGCAACCACCGCAACAGCCUCGCCAACACCAACCCGCACUACCACAUCCCCCUGCGAGCAAAGCUACUCAUCCCUCAACCGUGACCGGCCCACCCAACACCCCGACCUCAUCCCAAGCAUGCUAGACGACUUCUCCACCGGCCAAUCCACCAUUACCGACCUCAGCGCGCAGUGCUCCUGGGCGCAAAACUGGUCCCGCACCGCAGCCGGCACAGUCAUCAGCAGCUGGAACGCGGCGCACAUGGACACGGUAGCGAUUAUGCUUGCGCAUGCGGCUACUGAUGUGGGGGGGUGUGUUACUGCGCAGAGGGUGCUGAAUGGCGAGUUGAGUCCGGGUGGUUUGGUGGAGGUUUUGGGGGCUGCUCCGGCUGGGAGUGCGGGUGGUGAUGAGGGGGAUGACGGGGGGGAGACUGAUGACGAUGGGGAGGGGGGGGCGAGUACCACUGGCACGACGAGCACCAGCACCGCUGGAGCAGCAAGGGAGACUGGUUAUGUGAUGGGUGUGGCGGCUGUGGGGGUUGCUGUUGCGGGUGUAAUGGGCGGCUUGUAG